AUGGAAGACUUGGAGGAGGUUCACCCGAAGCAUGAAGAAGAAGAAGAAGAAGUGCCUGAUAUAAUUGAGUCUGACAUUGAACUAGAUGAGCCUGAUAAUGAACCUCCACAGAAGAUGGGAAAACCCAGCAUUGAAGUUACUGAAGAAAACUGUGAUGCUUCUCAAGAGGCUAGAAUUCAGGCUAUGGAAGCCAUUUCUGAAGGUAAGUAUAAUGAAGCAAUCGAGCAUCUUACCAAAGCAAUUCUGCUUAACCCUACGUCAGCUAUUAUGUAUGCAACCCGACCUACUGUGUACAUAAAAAUGAAGAAACCUAAUGCUGCUGUUCGAGAUGCCAAUGCUGCUCUUGAAGUUGUAACGCAUUUCUGA